CCUGAUACAUGAGUAAAAUCACAAUAAGCAUCACUUUUGUUUUGAGGUUGGGUUGUUAGUUUGGGGGUGCGCCACAACCAAAGGCAAUCGGCAAAGAAACUAGUUCAGCCAUUUCCGCAAACACCUUGUUCUCCAUCUCUCCGAGUAUACCAUGUUCCGCAGGUCCAUUUUGCAAUUUUCAUCUCGAAGACAAUCCUUUAGAACAAACCCCAGAUAUUUUAGUAAUCAGAAGAUACCUUCACAUCUAUCUUCUCAAAAGAAAUUCUCAAAUGCAUCGAAACCUGCUGGUGCCUCAGCUUCUGAUUCUACAGGAAAGCCGCCUGAGUCUCAUGGUUCUAAAUCAAAGUUUUUUUUAAUUGGAGGUGCUGGUGUAAGUGCUGUUCUUCUGGCAGCUUAUCAGUUUGGUUUCUUAGAUAAAUAUGUUGAGAAGGAGAAGCUUAGUGUUCCCCAAGAAGCUCAGAUAGAUGGUACCGUUGGAGAUUUGGAGAGUGGACAACAUUCAAUAGAGGAGUUAGUUUCACCCACUAGUGAGAAAUCUAACAAUGAAAAUCCUGCUGUAGAGCAUGCAGAACAGAAGGCUGAUGCCCAUCUUUCACAGCCAGAAAUUGUAAUAGAAGAUUCAAGUGAUAAACCAAUUCCUGUGCAAGACACUUCUGAUAUUGCUGAAGAUCAUAACGCUGGUGCAAAAGAAAACCAGUUUCCCGAAAAUCCUCAAAGUAGUCUAACAUCUGAUAAUCUCAGUAAAGAGAGUGUGGUGCAAUCUGAUGGAACCGUUGGCAUAAAAAGCACCGAAGCAGAUGUUACAUUAGAACCAGAAGAGGCAAUUCAACAUACAUCGCCAUCUAAACAGGACAAUACAUUUCUAGAUGAGAAUGGGACAGAAAAUAUUCAACCAAAGCAACAAGAAAUAGAGGAAAGAAGGGAGAAUGUAUUAGUUAAAGAUAUAGAACAACCACCUACCCUCCUUGAGGAAUAUCACAUAAGGAAUAAGUCAGAAGGAACCACUCCUAUUGGGCUUACUGAGAACAGUCAUUUUCCUGAAGAAAAAGAGGCAUUUAGUGGUGCAACAGAGGACUUGAAAGAUGGUUAUGUGGCUAAGGAUGGAAAAGUGGCUCUUGAUUUCGUACAAGCCAUCCAUGCUGCGGAGAAAAGGCAAGCUGGAAUAGAUGCACAUGCUUUUAAUGAAGAGAAGAAAGCAUUGAAGGAAAAAUAUGAAAAGAAGUUGAAGGAUGCAGCUGCCAAAGAACUAAUGCUUGCUGAAGAAACUGCAAUGUUGGAUAGGGAGCUUAAGAGAGAGAGGGCAAAAGCAGCUCUUGCUAUUAAGUCACUUCAAGAAAAAAUGGACGAGAAACUAAAGAUAGAACUUGAACAAAAGAAAAUCGAAGCAGAAGAAAAUUUGAAGAAAAAUCAGGAGUUAGCACAGGCAGAGUUAAAUGCAGCCAUAGCAAAGGAGAAGGCAGCCCAGCUUGAAAAAAUGUCUGAAGCAAAUAUUAAUAUAAAUGCCUUGUGCAUGGCAUUUUAUGCUCGAUCUGAAGAAGCUCGUCAAAGUCAUGCUGCACAAAGCUUUGCUUUGAGAGCACUUGCACUUGAAGAUGCACUGUCAAAAGGAUUGCCAAUUCAGACAGAAAUAGAAUCUUUGCAGUCUUAUCUUGAAGGCACAGAUAAAGAUUCGGUGUUGGAUUUGGUGUUAGUGUCCCUUCCUGAAGAGACAAGAAAUAUCGGCACUGACACACAUCUGCAAUUAAAGCAGAAGUUUGAUAUCAUAAAAAGUAAUGUACGGCACUUCGUCUUCUUCCCACCAGGAGGGGGAGGUAUGUUGGCACAUUCUUUGGCACGUGUAGCAUCCUUUUUGAAGGUUAGGGAAGCUGACCAAUCAGGUGAUGGGAUUGAAUCUGUCAUUAACAAAGUAGAGAAUUACUUGGCAGAAGGAAAACUUGCCGAAGCAGCAGAUUGUCUAGAAGAAAGUGUGAGGGAUACCCAAGCUGCAGAAAUUGUUGCAGUUUGGGUGAAGCAAGCAAGAAACAGGGCUAUUUCUGAGCAGGCUGUAGUUUUUCUUCAAUCCUAUGCCAAUUCCAUUAGCCUUACAUGAUUAUCAAAUUUUGAAUAUUUGACAAGACCAUGUUGAUUUAAAUACCUAAAAGUUGAAGAGAUUAUUUGGUUCCACCAAGGAUGCCGACGGGAUUUGCCUUGACCCACAAGAAAACAAGUUAGCUUUUUCAUAGCUGCUGAAAUUCAUUGAUUCUGUAAUAUCUGUAUAACACCACAGGCUUCGGUGUUUGGAACGAAGCGAUAUGAGGCUCUGCAGGGGCGGUUCCUUUCAUGUAGGAGGGGUAGCCAAAUAAUAAACAUUGAGCUACCCCAAACAAGUUCAAUUGUUGAAAAUUAAGAUAAAUAAGAAAGUAAAAAUAUUAUUACAUGAUAUA